ACCACCUUCGUUGCCCCCUCUCUCACACACACACGCACAGAGCACAAACAGAGGUACAAACACGUAAGCACUCGUUCAUCCUCACAGAUAAAAACAAACAAAAGAGAGUUUUCAUCAAAUAGUCGCCGACAACACUAGUCCUUUUGACGAAUUUCGAUCGUCGUUUGAACCCUCAUACUCGUUAAUUCAAACAAAUCGCCUCUCAAUUCGGCAAUUUUGUUUCUCCCAAACCUUCUCUGUCACGUUUCCAGCUUUACAUUCAAAGAAUGUCGUAAUUUUUCUGCAAAUCUUUGAGUAAUUUUACUCGCGAAAAACAUGUCCAGAGAGAAUUUCUUAACCAAUUACAGGAGAAACCCACCUGGGAUUCUACUGAUUAGGCGCGUUAGGGGAAAUGAUUGGAGCUUGAAUACCUACAGGUACGUCGUUUUGUUGGUCACCUUCAUAGCCUACACCGCCUACCACGCUUCGAGAAAACCCAGCAGCAUAGUGAAGAGCGUUCUGAAUCCGCACCCGGAUGGCAAUUUCACGGUGCCCCAACCCCAACCCUGGCCCGCGGGCCCCAUCUUCAUCGAGAGGGAGCCCAUAUCCUUAUUAGGGGCCGAGUUAGGGAAACGUGGCAAGGGCUGGGCGCCGUUUGACGGAAAGGACGGAACAUCGAAAUUGGGCGCCAUCGAUUUGGCUUUCUUGGGCUGUUACGCCGUUGGGAUGUACGUUGCCGGACAUUUGGGCGACAAAUUGGACCUCCGGCUGUUCCUCACCGCCGGUAUGGUAGGCAGCGGGGUUUUUGUUGCCCUUUUUGGGAUGGGCUAUUUCUGGGAUGUUCAUAAUUUCGCCUUCUACCUAGCGAUGCAGAUGGCCGCCGGUUUAUUCCAGGCCACCGGCUGGCCUUCUGUAGUGGCUGUUAUCGGAAAUUGGUUCGGGAAAAGGAAAAGGGGCUUGAUAAUGGGCGUUUGGAAUGCACACACAUCGAUCGGGAAUAUUACAGGCUCUUUGCUUGCCGCAAGUGUUUUGCAGUACGGGUGGGGAUGGUCUUUUAUCCUCCCAGGCUCGUUUAUUUUUCUUAGCGGGAUAAUUGUGUACAUGUUCUUAGCUGCUUAUCCGGAAGAUGUUGGAUUUUCGAGCCCUAAUGGAUAUACUGGCCUAAGUGCCGUUUUAGAUGAUGAAGAAGCUCAGAAAACGGGGGAGUGUUUGGUUGGGAAUGGGGAGAGGGCCUCAGGGAAUAGGAAAAGUGUGGGACUAUUUAAGGCUUGCUUAAUACCUGGAGUUAUUCCAUUUGCUCUCUGUCUUUUUUUCGCGAAGCUGGUUGCUUACACGUUCUUGUAUUGGUUGCCUUUCUACCUUAGCCGGACAGCUAUUGAAGGAGAGUACAUGUCAGUAAAAUCUGCUGGAAAUCUCUCGACUCUAUUCGAUGUGGGAGGAAUAAUCGGUGGAAUUCUUGCCGGUUAUAUAUCCGACAAACUUCGAGCACGAGCUGCAACUGCUGCCACCUUCGUUUAUUCUGCAAUCCCUGCUAUGCUUCUUUACCGAAAAUACGGAAGUGUGUCUAAAACGAGCAAUGUUGUUCUUAUGAUGAUAGCUGGAUUAUUCGUAAACGGGCCGUAUGCACUUAUCACAACUGCAGUCUCAGCUGAUCUUGGCACUCAUCGUUCGUUAAAAGGCGAUUCUCGAGCACUUGCAACUGUUACUGCAAUCAUUGAUGGCACGGGCUCUGUAGGUGCUGCUUUGGGUCCUUUAUUGACUGGAUUUUUAUCAUCAAAGGGUUGGGAUGAAGUCUUCUCUAUGCUGAUCAUUGGUGCUUUUGCUGCUGGGCUGCUUUUGACUCAUUUGGUUAUAGCUGAAAUAAAGGAGAAGUUUUCGAAACAGUCGUCUGGUGAACAAAAUGAUCAUCAUGCAGGUCUUUCAUCUCAGCCCCUGUUAGGUGACCAAAGGGAAUGACUGUGUAUUCUUUGAUCAGUGUUACUAUCUCUGCACGAGAACCGAUAAUACAUAUUUACGCUGGAGUUUAAGUCAUUUUGAAACGACAGGCACGGACAGUUGAUACCUCUGUAAAACCUAAUAUACUGUUGUGGUUUAGUAGGGAAGUUUUGGCUUUAUAUUGAUUGUCUGCCAAUAGUCCUGGUAAAUGAUUCUUACUCUCUCUCUCUCCUUUUUUUUUUUUUUUUUUU